AUGGAACUUCAGCACCUUGUCAUUUUCAUCUCAGUUCUUUCUCUUGCAUUAGGUGGAGAAAGCCAUGCAUCAGUGGUUCCUGAAGAAGAAUAUUGGGAAGCUGUUUGGCCUAACACUCCCAUUCCCAAUUCUCUCCGAGAUUUUGUAAAGCAUGUCCCUCAGGGUAAUGAAAUUGAUGACCUCCCCAUGGAAAUCGACGAUACUCAAUACCCAAUGACUUUUUUCUAUGAACAUGAACUUUAUCCCGGAAACACUAUGAACGUGCAAUUCAGAAAAAAUCCCUUUGCACAACCUUAUGGUUUUUUGUUUUAUAUGGGCGACAAUAAAAAGGAAAGAUAUACUUUUAAUGAUGUAUGUGUAAAGAGUGAACCAAUCAAAGGCGAACAAAAAUUUUGUGCAAAAUCCUUAAAAUCAUUAAUUGGAUUUACAAUUUCAAAACUUGGAAAUAACAUUCAACCACUCUCGAGCUCCUUCAUAAGUAAACACCAACAAUACAAAAUAGAGUCAAUGAUAAAUCUUGGAGAAAAAGCUGUCAUGUGUCACAGGUUAAAUUUUCAAAAGGUGGUAUUUUAUUGUCAUGAAGUUCACGGAACAACAACUUUCAUGGUUCCAUUGGUUGCUAAUGAUGGAACCAAAACACAGGCACUAGUUGUUUGCCAUACUAAUACUUCAGGCAUGGAUCAUGAAAUGCUUCUUCAGGUUAUGAGAGGAGAUCCUGGUAAUAAACCUGUAUGUCAUUUCCUUGGAAAUAAGGCUAUUAUGUGGGUACCUAAUUUAGUUGUGGACAGUGACUACAGUGCCAAUCAUGUUGUUUAG